AUUAUAGGUAUGGAAAGAUAUUUUCAUGCAAUAUAUUUGGAAGAAGGGCAGUGGUAUCGGCUGAUCCCAUUUUUAACAAAUAUGUGAUGCAAAACGAAGGAAGGUUUUUCAAAUCCAGUUACCCAAAGUCGUUUCGAGACCUUGUUGGGAAAAAUGGUGUCAUCACUGCUCAAGGCGACCAACACCGGAAGCUUCAUACAAUUGCUUCAAAUAUGAUGCGUACUGACACCCUUAAAUCUCGUUUCUUGAUAGAUAUCCAGCUUGUUAUGCAUCAAACAUUUGCCACUUUGCAUCAUAAUCAGACCAUUUUGCUUCAGGAUGUUUGUAGAAAGUUGGCUAUAAACUUGAUGGUGAAUCAGCUCCUAGGGGUAUCAAGUGAAGCAGAAGUCGGUGAAAUGGCGCAACUAUUCUCAACCUUUGUAGAUGGUUGUUUGUCACUUCCCGUCAGUUUGCCUGGUUUUGCUUAUCACACUGCUAUGAAUGCAAGGAAAAAUAUAAUUAGAAAGAUUGAGAAAAUAAUACAUGAGACGAGGCAUGGUGAGUGUGAUGGUGAUGGUGGUUUGGUUGGAAGACUAGUGGAGGAGGGGAGUCUUCGAGACGAAGCAAUUUCUGACUUUAUCAUUAACCUCUUAUUUGCGGGAAAUGAGACAACCGCUAAAACCAUGCUUUUUGCUAUAUAUUUCUUGACCACUUCUCCAGAAGCCGCUAAUAAACUUUUGGAGGAGCACCAAAACAUAAGGAAUAAAAGACUUGAUUCGGAUGGUGAAACAUAUAUGUUAAAAUGGGAAGACUACAAAUCGAUGUCAUUUACGCAGAAUGUUAUCGAUGAAACUCUUCGCCUAGGUGGGAUAGCAAUUUGGUUGAUGAGGGAGGCAAAAGAGGAUGUUGAAUAUCAAGAUUACGUUAUCCCCAAAGGAAGCUUUGUGGUUCCAUUUCUUUCGGCAAUCCAUCAAGACGAAAACUUUCAUGAAAAGGCAAAUAGUUUUAAUCCUUGGAGAUGGAUGGAUCCCCAAAACCAAGACAAGAGAAAUUGGAGAACUAGUCCAUUUUAUUCACCAUUUGGAGGAGGAGCUCGUUUGUGUCCUGGGGCAGAGUUGGCACGACUUCAGAUCGCCCUGUUUUUACAUUACUUUGUUAUUUCUUACAGGUGGACCCAAGUUAAGGAGGAUAGAAUGUCAUUUUUCCCAUCAGCAAGAUUGGUUAAUGGAUUUCCAAUCCAACUAACUAAAAUUAAUUUGGCAUCCUCUAUGUAAAUGUGUCUACGUGGGUAUAUAUAUAAAGGAAGAGAACCUAGGACUAAUUAAUAUAAAGUUAUGUUUAUAUUCAUGGAUAUACACAAUAAGUGAGACCCUAAUUAUGAUGACAAAGCCUUAUAUACUUUGAACA